AUUAACUUGAUGACUUCCGCCGGGUCGGUUUGAUCAGGACUGACGCUGCUUCCGUCUGUGCAUCACCUGCUGACUGAGUGCUUCAUCAUGGAGGUCCAAAGAGGCAGCCUGGGCUCAGCUAGGAUGGCGGCCCUGGCUGCAGGCCUGUCUGUUGGGGCCACCAUCGGCUACGUUGUCUAUCGCCACAUCAGCAGCAGCAGGCAGGAGCCUGAAAAGGAGGAGUCUGAAAUGAUUCUUCCUCUAGAGGUCUACAGACACAUUUCUAAAAGCCAGGCUACAUUUUUGGACGUGGUGAGCCAGAGAUCUGGAGCUUGUGUGAGGGUUUUGUCAGAUUUGGAGAAGCCUGGCCAUAAGGCAGUGGUGUGCUUUCAGCUGCAAGGUUCCAAGGAGCAGGUUCUGUUAGCUCGCUGUGUUCUGGAGAAGCUGAUCACAGACUGUGAGCCGAUGGUGGAGGUUUUAGAGGUUCCUCAGACUGCCUUUGGACGUGUUAUAGAAACACCUGGAAAGGACCGGAACGGCAUAGCUAACCUUAACCAGACCUGUGGCCCCAGACCUUCACAUGUAAACACAGCUGGUGUCGUUGGUCUGCAGGAGCAGUGCAUGGAGACCAUUGUGGUUGGAGACAUAGUGGCAGCUCCAUAUCGAGACAACAACAGCUGGAACAGGGCCAAGGUGCUGGGAGUCCUGGGCUCUGGACUGGUGGACCUUUACUAUGUGGACUACGGGGACAACGGGGAGCUUUCUAGGGACCGCCUCCGUUCCCUCAGGAGUGACUUCCUCAGCCUACCGUUCCAAGCUAUUGAGUGCAGCUUAGCAGGGGUGAGACCCAAAGGGGACGUUUGGACUGAAGCAGCCCUGGAUGCGUUUGAACAACUGACCUACUGUGCUAACUGGACCCCUCUUCAGGCCAAACUCUGCAGUUACUCCCACUCAGAUGUCUCGUCUUGGCCCAAUGUCAAGCUGUACGACAACAGCAAAGGAAAGGUUUUGGAUAUUGGUGAGGAGCUCAUUCGACUGGGCCAUGCUGUCAGCUUCCAGGACACUUUGAACGACAAGACAGAGGGGGACAAUCUUGGCUGUCUACAAAGGAUGUUGGAUGACGUAAUAGGAGCAUCUUCAGAGCUCAGUCUGUCCUGUAUCAGUUUGUCAGAAGCUGCUUCGGUCUCUGGCAGCGUGGAUGAUGGCGUAGAAGAUGAUUUGCUCUGAGACCAAUCCCAUCCAUGGAGGAAAUCCUUCUGAAGAAAUGCACAACCUUCCUACCUGUUGACAGAACGAUGACAUCACUGUUCCCGUGUUCCUGUUUUCUAACUAUGCAGUCAUUUGCUUUGGUUCUGGUGGAAUGAAGAGAAAGAUGCAUGUUUACCUUGGAAGAUCGUUCUUUGAUUUGAUGUUACAUUGACUUAUAAAUAAAUCUUUUUCUUUGAAGAGGUUUUAUCUUCUUUAUUUUUACUGCACACUUCAAAAGUAAACUCAAUU